GCCUUCUGUGUAUUUAUUGUAGUCUCUAGUGCCCUCGAGGGGCCAGCUGAAAGCAGUUCUGGGAAUUGGGCUGGGUGGGCUGCCUCCCCCUUCUGAGGCUGGCCUCUUUUGGAGGCCCCAUUCUGGCCUUAGCCAGAAAUACUGCCUGUGCCAUAAGAUAACCUGUGCCAGACUGGCGUUGUGGGGUAGUCGGUGCCUUUGUGCUUGGGUAAUCCGGACCCCUGUGCCUACUGUGGUUGCUGGCUGGGCCUCCCUAUCCAUGAGCCGCAGAGCACAGGCUUCAGCUCAGGCCCACUGAUGGGGUCAGGGCCUGCAUCCGAGAGCACACGUCAGCCCUUUCAGAGCAGCCUUCCAUGUGAUUCCAUUAGCAGACCCUAACCCUAGCCCUACUGCUUUGAACUGGUUUUCUUGAUGUUCUCCUCUGAGCCUGUUUGAUCCUCCCAAUCAAGGGGCGACUAGGUGGCAGUGGGCCUGGAGUCAGGAAGCCCUGAGUUUUAUUCCAACCUCAGAUACUAGCUGGUGAAUCUGGGCUGUCAUUUUACCUUUAUCUGCCUGCAUUUCCUCAAUGGUGAAAUAGGGAUAAAAACAGCACCUACUCCCAGGAUUGUCAUGAGGAUCAAAUGAGAUGAUAUUUGUAAAGCACUUAGCAUAGUGCCUGGCACAUGGUGGGUACUUAAUAAAUGCUUGUUCCCUUCCUCUUCCCAUCUAAACGCUGCAUCUCUGAUGCUGUCUUUCUAGAAUGAUUCCUUUCUCCUCUCCUUUUCCCUCUUGUCUUUCCUUUCUUCAAACUGUCAGCUACUUCCCCUUUUCAGAACUCUUCCUGAAAGUUAUGUGUGUGAGGAGACAAUGCCCAUUUGCUGUUUCCAUACAGGUUACUUUGAGGGAUAAGGUGCCAGCACUCGGGGAGAAACUCCCCACAUGACUGAGGAUUGGGCCAGCUUCAAUAUGCGGCCAUAGAAAGCUCCAUCAGGAGAUGGAACUACUGGGACAGGCGUUUCUUAAGAGGAGGAUGUCCCACUGAGGCACCACCAGGUCCCCUAGAGAUGGCAGGGAGCCUGAGUACCAGGAAAGCCCCUCUCUCCUAGCUCUCCCAGCUCUCGGGGUCUUAGAACACUGAAGCAGGCAUCAUCUCUCUCACACUCCUGUCAAAGGAAUAGCUGCUGUUUACGUGAAGACAACCAAUUACAUCCUCAGGCUGUCAACACCACUUCUAAAUGGUUUUAACUGUUAGGAAGCUGGUCUUUAUAUGGAGCUGCAGUGGUCCUCCAGUUUCCCAACUCAUUGCCCUGGGUUCUAGCAAAUAAAUUUAAUCCUCCUUCCCCCCAUGGUAGCAUCCUAGGUACUUGAAGACAGACUGUGAUGUCCUCCCUACCCCCCAUCCAGUUGUGUGUUCUUCAAGCUACAAAGUCACUAGGGCCAUCAAUCGAUCUUGAUAGGGUUGUCCUCCUUUGGACCCAGACCCAGAAAUGAACACUGCUUCCAGAUAGGAUGGGACCAGAACAAAAAUAUUUUAAGCAUGUUGCUGGGGAUACACCAUUCUUCCUGAUGCCAAAGAACCGGAUACUUGGGGGGAAAGUAAUAGAUAAGGUAGUAAAAGGUAGAGGAGGAAAUAAGCAGGAAGGUGAAUUCAGAAUAAUCAAAAGGAAGGAUUUAAGGGAAAGGUGUCUUCCAUUUUCUUUGUCCAAAUGAACUACACAAGACCCCCGGGUCAUAGGCACACAGUCACUCCCUCCUACAGGGAUCAGUACAGGAGGGCUCUUAGUCUAUGAGUAAUGGAUGGAUUCUUUGGGUUGGAGGCAGCACUGGGAUUCUCCCCUCCUCCAAAGGUAGGGGUCAGUGUGCUUGCCUUCUCUUCCCGAGGGUGAUUUCUUUUGCUUGUUCUGACUGCAUAGGAGCCUUGGGUUAUAGAAAACCUGGAACCUUCUGCUAUUCUGAUUCUCAGGUUCUCUAAAAAGGACUUGAGUUAAUAGGCAGCUUCCUGCUGCCUACACAGUAUGAUCCGAACAGAAGAAGGGAUGGUUCUGGAGAAAGUUAAGGGGAGAGGGAGCCGGGGGAUUCACAAUCAAGCAAAUGGGAUCAGAGGCAGGUAACUUAAAAAGACCAAAUUAUAGCAGGCAAGAAGUCCUAGAAGGGGUGCAUAGCCUCUGGGCUAUCACUUAGCUUCUUCCCUAAUCAGCCCUAAUCCCGAUUUACUGUGUCCCUCCUCCUCCAACUCUUGUGUCCUCUACUCUUACAUCUGGCCCUUCUUUUCCCAUUGUGGUAUCAGCUCCGUGUCUCCUCAUACUCCCAUUUCUCUAGGUUCUAGGCUUCCCAUGACCCAUUCAGUUGGAAGCUCUCUUUAUCCCAUCAGAGGUCAAUACUCUGCCCAAAUCCACUUCUCUCCCAACCCCUCUGCCUCUUCCUCUUGCUAGUGUAGAGGGAAUAAGUACCAGGCAGUCCCCGCUUUUCAUGUUUGUGAUAGAGUUAAUAUUUACCGUGGGCUACUUCCCCCCUCCACUGCCCUUGGGAUCCUGCUUACAAUGCACCUCUUCAUGAGUAGGGAGGGGAGGCAAAGGUGGAUGUGUGGAGGUGCAUCCUCCUAGAUGUUAUCUCUUUGGGUGUAACGCGCUCCCACCCCAUUACAGCUGGGACAAACAGAACGCCAUUUGUCAUAUCCUUUAGUGAUACUGUAAGAUAAGGAAUCUUAACUUGGUAUCUGUGAAGUUCAAAAAAAUCAUUGGUAACUAUUUUAAAAUCAUUUCUUGGCAAUCCUUGGCAGUUAAAUGUCUUAUUUGAUGCAGUCAGAAACAUUCUUCUAAGCAGGAGUCCAUGGGAUCUAUCAGAGUACCAAAGAAAUCCAUGUCACGAGGUUAAGGACUCCUAUGAGGAGAUUUUUUUCAGUCUCAUGGCUCCUCUGGAUUUGGGAUCUGAGGUGGGAGGGAAGAGGCACAAAUAAAGAGAUUUCAGUGACCCCAUGGGGAGCUGUUGUUAAACCCUACUCUGUUUAGGCUAAGAGUAAUAUAGCCUUGAGAUGGAUGAUUAAGGAAGGGUAGGAAUGUGUACUUGUUUGUGUGUGUAGGUCAUAUAUGUCUGUGUUAGAGAAAUUACUCAUUCAGUGUUUAUUCAAGACAUGCUUAUUAAGCUCCUGAUGUAUAUAUACAAAGCAGUCUGGGAGAUACAUAUAUAUCACUAGAAACAUACAGAAUCAGAAUCAAUAGAUUUAGAGUAGAAAGAAACUUGCAAGCCAUGUAGUCUGACCCUUCCUUUUUAUAGAUGUGGUGGCUGAAACCCAGAGUGGGGACACCAGGGGCUCAUCCUGAUAGUGAGGGGCAGAGGCAGAAUUUGGACGUAGGACCUUUGACUCUAGUGUUCUUUUCAUUGUUAUCCCCUCUCCCCCAUAGGGCAAUUUCUCUGGAUAGGCUGUGACUCCUGUUUAUUGGUUGAAUAUCGGAGCACUGUGUGUACAUAUACAUGUUCGUGCAUGUGCACAUUUAGUGAUGUUACAUACAAGGGGCGAAGUAUGUGUGUAGAAUUUAAUAUUUGCUAACUAUUUUGACAUUCCCUAAAGCCCCUGACUCUAUUUCUGAGCUCCUGGUUACCAGCCAUCCGCAGACCCACCACCUCUUUGAUCAUGUGGACUCUACCACACCUGAAGCCACUAAGUAGCCCCCUUGGCCCUGGAGGGACUGGGAAGGCCAGGAUGUACACAGAGUGGGGACACUACCCCCAUUGUCUCAGAGGCUGGCUUCCUUUCAUUGUCAGCCACAAAAUUCCUGUGUCAUCUUGAAUUCUCUCUACAAACACCAGCGUGGCACCUACAUGUGGUGGUAGGUUUCUAGGACUUUUUGCCGCCAUCCCUGCUCUGUCCAGAUGCCUGAGCAUUCCUGACCUCAACUAUGUCCAUUUAGCUGGACUUCAGCUUUGUCUCCUUCCAUCUCCCUGCCUUUCAUCGUGUUCCUCCAGGGAGGUCAGAAAUCUUAAAGAGCAGCCUCUGGAGAACUUGGAGCUAGGGAGUUCCUCGGUGUGAUGUGUCAAAGAAAGAACACUGCCCUAGGAGCCUAAUGACCUGAGUUCUCCUCCCGGUGCUCAACAAAAUGCUGGGUGACUUUGGACGUGUGACCCACGUCCUUCCUGACCCUCCUCUGCAAAAUAAGGUGACUGGACUAAGUGAGUUCCAAGGUCCAGGUUCUUUAAAGGUCUUUGAAAAGGAGAUUACCUUUCUUCCCCCAGCUUCCCCACCUUUUCCCUCUCUCUAGCCAAUAAGCUUUGCUAGAUUCCUGAUCAUUCUCGGGCUGGCACCGGGGAGCUGGUGGACAGGGUUGGUGGGAGAGUAAACAUAGCAGAAGCAGCUCUCGGAGUCUCAGAUUUCGGAUUUCAUCAUCACAGCAGCAUCUCGGGUGCCUCCUUCUCCCCUCCCUCCACUUCGAUCUCUGGCCAACAACUUUCCUUUGCAGGAAACAUCUGCUGGGGAAGGCUGGGCCAGACCGGGGGUUACUGGAGGACAUUGGCCAGGACCGUCCCCCAGAUCCUGUAACUUUAAGUGUGUGUUUGGGACUGUGCGUCCUACCCUCCCUCCCUCAUGCCUUACACAGGCAACACUAACAAAGAAACUGUUUGCCAGUCAACUGCAAAGGAACAGGGAUGGGUGGGGAAGACAGAGGAGAGGGGCCGAAGCCGUUCUUGGUAUGUCCAGUAGCAGCUGCCCAGGGCGCAGGACGGGAGUCACAGCCCGUGCACUGGUGUUAGUGCUGGGGGGGGCACUUCCCCUCCUUGCCCUUUGUGUGCCUGGGAAGUGACAGGCAGAGACUAAGAAUUUGGGAAUCCUACUCCAUUGUGGGCUUGGGCGAGCUCUGAGUCACCCCAUCAUAAAGGCUCUAUAAUGAACACUGCCACUGGAGUGAGUCACUGGAGGGGCUGGAGCUUUGAACUCCGGAGCACGACUGUACCUGUCUGUUGAAACUACACCUGAGCUGGUCAUUUGGCUGGGGCCCCUCCGGCGGGCCUUGGUGGACUUGGUACGUGGGUCACACUUUUUGGCUCCAACCCGCUGCUUGGAAUCUUUGGAUGGACUCUGGGAGUUACAAUUGCUCCUCGCUGGAAGGAAGCAGUUCACCCUACCUUUAACAUGGGAUCUCCGGGAGUGGAGGUCACCACAUUGUGAGCAUCAGAUGGGAGAAAGGGCACUCUACAGCAGGAGGCUGACCAGUGAGCUCCUCCCAUGACCAACCCUGACCACAUCCCUUUGGCUGGACAGACCUUGCGUUGAAAAGGAGCCUGAAUGUGAAGGGAGAAUACAGGACGGUAGCUUUGCCUUCCAGCCUGGUCACUUUUUUGCUGUCAGUCCAGGCAAGACUGAUUAUUUACCCUGUGGAUAUUGGAGGAAGGGAACACCAAGGAGCUGGACAAGUUAGGGUACCGGAUGGGAGGGGAGCAAUGGACUCUUUGACAGAAUCUGGGAUCCUCUGGAGCCUAAUGCUGGCUCAGGACAGUGAGUCUUUGCUGUAUUACCUGCAGAGAUUGGACAGCUCAUCUGCAGGCUGCAAACACUGGCAUUGCUGUGAAUCUGAAGAAAUCCCAGCAGUAUUAAGCCCAACUUACAAACAGCGGAAUGAAGACUUUAGGAAGCUUUUCAAGCAACUUCCUGACACAGAGCGCCUCAUCGUUGAUUACUCGUGUGCGCUCCAAAGAGACAUUCUCCUCCAGGGCCGACUCUACCUCUCUGAAAAUUGGAUCUGUUUCUACAGCAACAUCUUCCGCUGGGAAACUCUGCUAACAGUGCGAUUGAAAGACAUCUGCUCCAUGACUAAAGAAAAAACAGCCCGACUCAUUCCCAAUGCAAUCCAAGUUUGCACAGACACUGAAAAGCACUUUUUUACAUCCUUUGGGGCCCGAGAUAGGACAUACAUGAUGAUGUUCCGGCUGUGGCAGAAUGCCCUCCUAGAGAAGCCCUUAUGUCCCAAGGAGCUGUGGCACUUUGUCCAUCAGUGUUACGGAAACGAAUUGGGCCUGACUAGUGAUGAUGAGGAUUAUGUGCCUCCAGAUGAUGACUUCAACACAAUGGGCUACUGUGAGGAGCUCCCGGUGGAAGAGAAUGAGGUGAAUGACAGUUCCUCCAAAAGCAGCAUAGAAACUAAGCCAGAUGCCAGCCCACAGCUGCCGAAGAAGUCUAUCACCAACAGCACACUGACCUCCACCGGGAGCAGCGAAGCCCCGGUUUCGUUUGACGGAUUGCCCCUGGAAGAAGAAGGGGUAGAAGGGGAUGGCCCCCUGGAGAAGGAGCUCACAAUUGACAACAUUAUUGGGGAGAAGAUUGAGAUCCUUGCUCCAGUGAACUCGCCCUCUUUGGAUUUCAAUGAUAAUGAGGAUCUCCCUACUGAGCUCAGUGAUUCAUCAGACACCCAUGAUGAAGGAGAAGUCCAAGCUUUCUAUGAAGAUUUGAGUGGCCGGCAGUAUGUGAAUGAGGUCUUUAACUUCAGUGUUGACAAACUGUACGACCUGCUCUUCACGGACUCUCCCUUUCAGAGAGAUUUCAUGGAGCAGCGUCGCUUCUCUGAUAUCAUCUUUCAUCCAUGGAAAAAGGAGGACAAUGGAAACCAGAGUCGAGUGAUUCUCUACACCAUCACCCUCACCAACCCUCUGGCUCCCAAAACUGCCACUGUUACAGAGACUCAGACCAUGUACAAGGCCUGCCAGGAGAGUGAAUGCUACGUGAUAGAUGCUGAGGUGCUCACCCACGAUGUGCCAUACCAUGACUACUUCUAUACCAUCAACCGCUACACACUCACCCGUGUGGCUCGAAACAAGAGCCGACUCAGGGUCUCCACAGAACUGCGCUAUAGAAAACAGCCCUGGGGGCUAGUGAAAAGCUUCAUCGAGAAGAAUUUCUGGAGUGGACUUGAGGAUUACUUUCGCCAUUUGGAGACUGAGCUGACAAAAACAGAGAGCACCUACCUGGCUGAGUUACACCGACAGUCUCCCAAAGAGAAGGCUAGCAAAGCCCCUGCUGUACGGAGGAGGAAGCGACCCCAUGCCCACCUGAGGGUACCCCACUUGGAGGAGGUUAUGAGCCCUGUCACUACUCCUACAGAUGAGGAUGUGGGCCAUAGGAUCAAACACGUAGCAGGAUCUACCCAGACCCGGCACAUCCCUGAAGACACUCCCACUGGCGGCUUCCACCUUCAGAGUGUGUCCAAGCUGCUCCUCAUUAUCAGCUGUGUGAUCUGUUUCAGCCUGGUGCUGCUGGUGAUUCUCAACAUGAUGCUGUUCUACAAACUCUGGAUGCUGGAAUACACUACCCAGACCCUCACUGCGUGGCAGGGCUUGAGACUCCAGGACAGGGGUCUGGGAGCACAGGACAGUCCUCUGAGCAUAACUCCAGCUGCCGGGGUGACCCUUCUUGUGCCCCACAGGUUACCCCAGUCCCAGACAGAAUGGGCCCAGCUCUUAGAAUCCCAACAAAAGUAUCAUGACACAGAACUCCAAAAAUGGAGGGAGAUCAUCAAAUCCUCUGUGAUGCUUCUAGACCAGAUGAAGGACUCACUCAUCAACCUUCAGAAUGGCAUCAGAACCCGGGACUACUCAUCUGAAAAAGAGGAGAAGAGGAACCAUUAUCAUUGACAAGGCAGGAAUAGGGGUGACUCCAGAGGCCUGUGCAAUACAUGUACAUAGACCAUAUAAAUAUAUAUAUAUAAAUAUAUAUAUAUAUACAGAAUAUAAAUAUAUAUUAUAUACAGAUUUUAAAAAGAGAUAAUGCCUAUGUACUAAGGAGAAGGAGCGGGACUGCCUCCUGCACUGGCCGGAAAAGCAAUUUCUUUCGGUUGGAGGGCAGGGGGCAGCUUCCAGCACCGACCCUCUCCAUCCUUCUCUAUCCUCCCAUUCCUUCCAUCCCCACCCUUCCCUUGCUGGCCAUCCCUUGGCUGUUUGAAGGGAAGUGAAGUUGAGCCAAAGUCAUGCUUGGGCAGGCCCUGGGGUCUUGGAUAGGAGUCUCAAAGGGGCAUUGCUAUGGUGCUUCAUUCCCUGCCCUCCAUUUUUUUUGAAAAUUGGAAAAAAAGAGGGACCCCUUCUUCACUACCCCCCAGCUUAUCCUGGAUGCCCAGACAUGGGGGGCAGGGAUUCAGGCCUCCAUCUGACAGAGGAGGCUCCACCUAUAUCCCACUGUUAAGGGCCACCAAGGAAAAGUGGACCCUUCAGCCAGAUGGACAGGACUUAUUAGAUAAGCCAAAAGGCAGUAUUUGUGGGAUUUCUGGUGGGGUGGGAGGGUAUGGGAGUGGGAAAAGUGGGAGGGCUUGGAGACUGGAGUCCCUGGGAAUUUUUUUGUCACUGCUGCCUCCCCGAUCUUCAUUGGGACCUUCCAGCUCAAAAUACACAUGGGCUGGGGGAGCACAGGUCUCUCAUUUUCUACUCUCUCUCUCUGAUGUUCACUCAGGUUGGGUCUGUGUAAAAUUAAGUUGCUUUUUAGUGCCUGAAAUUCUGCUGUCCUCUCCCCCGCUCUCCCCAAAAAGAACAUUGUUUCUUAGGAUGUAUAAAACAAUGAUUUUGCUAAGAACUUAUUUUUAUCAGUUUUAGGGCCAGAAGGAUGAAUAGUUCUAAUUCAAAUCACUUUGAGCCAAUGCUGUAAAAUACCCAGUGGGGGCAAGAGUAGGGAGGGAGUGAAAGGGAGGGGAGGGCUUGAGAAAAUGAAUGACAAGGUCACGUGUAGGAAUCAACAGGGCACAAAAAGCACGGAAAGGCAUUUCUGUGAGGGACUGAGCCCAAGCUUGCACUUCUUGUCCUUAGAUGGUUGCCAGUGUUAUUUAUUUACGUGCUCCCUCCUCCUCCUGCAGUGUAGACCCAUGUUCAGUGCUCUGUGGGUUGGAUUCAUUUCUGAGGUAAAAGGAGAAGAGCAACAUAGAGCUGAGGACCAAGGGAGCAUCUCCUUCUUUGAUAGUAAUUGAGCUAGUGCUUUGGUUUCUGAAUAGAGGGAAAAUUGGUAAAGGAAAACUCCCUGUGGCCUUUAGGUCUUGGAGAUGUCAUGGAGUAAGGAGAUGAAGCGGGAUUGGGAUGUUGAGUUAUUGCUGCAUUUUUUCUUAAGAAUUGAGCUGUUAGUCAGACAUGUGGAACAGAGGAAUGGAUAGUAACCAAACCUGGUGUGAGCUGGUAAGCUGCUUAGCUUGGAAUUCUAUCUAAGCUCUACCCUUUAACCCCACUGUUUCUCCUUCUAAAGCCAAAGGAGUCCAGCCUGAGACAGACAGAAUCCAAAGAGGAAUAUUGAACUGGAAUGGGCAAGGGAGCGGCAGCAAGGCAGUGAAGAGGGUCCUUUAGCUGACAUAAACUUCCUCCUGGACCCUUGGAAGCAGAGAUCAAGGAAAAUUCAAGAAUAGAGGUUUAUCAUGCAAAGAAGAGUUUUUGGUUUUUUUUUUUAACUGAUCUCCUAUGUUGAUAUUUAACAAAUACUGGACUUUGUUUUUCCUAGUGGCCAGGGAGAGAGGGAAGCCUAGGAGUGGGAGCUUUUGGACCUCCAUAACCACAGUGUCCCAGGAAAUCCAACAGUACAGAGAAUUAACACAAAAUAUGAAUGUCUGUAUAGAGGUGACUCUUUUCUAGGAUAGGGACAGGGUCUAACUUAGCAUGGGAGUGAGAAAGUUAAUAUACUGGGUGAUAUAUUCCCAGAAGGAAGUUGAGUUCCCUAUCCCUGCUUCACCCUCAGAGAACAGCCUGAGACUUGGGGUUUUGGGAAAUAAAAGUGAUUAGAAUCCCUUAGGAGAAUGCCUAUCUGCAUUAACACUGCCAGUCACCCCUUUAGUUGCUGUCAACUGAAGUCUUUUUUUUUUUUUUUUUACCAGCCCAAUUAGGUGACCAGUAACUGAGUAAAAAAGCCUAGGCAGGGAACUCAUGCAUUCAAACUAAAGGAGGGAGGCAGUUAAAUUGCCUGAAAUUAUUAAAAUCCAAAAUAGCUACAAGUCAAGAUUGCUCACAGGAGUUUUGGGGGAGCAAGGAUUGUAAAUUAUCUUAUUUAUUUUAUUUAUCAUUAUUUAUUUCAUUGAGAACUGCCUCCCCCUGGCUGUUGUGAGAUCUUUUCAAAUGGCUUCAGAAAGGUUCCUUGGGAGGAGGAUGAAGAUUCAUCCUUCCUAUUUAAGCAAAAGGAAGCUGGCCACACACUGGAAUCUGCUCUUGCCCCACUCCUGAGCAGCACUAGGCUGGACACGUAGCAUCAAGAGAAAGAUUCUUGUGGUGUGCUGAGGAGAUAUAGAGCUGUAGGAAAUAGCCAGAGCCUUUCUGGGGUGUAGAAGCUGGGAGAAAAUAUUUGGCUUUUGCAGAGAUAUUUUGACUUCUUUGGGCCUCAGCUUCUGUAUCUGCAAAAUGAGGGUAUUGGACUAGACAUUCUUUAAAGCUGUCCCUUGGGUAAGAUUCUGUGGUUCUGGGGCUAGGAGAAAAGACACCAACUUGGAUCCCUCCCUUCGCUGCAGCAGAAAGCUCAGUGACUCCAAGAACUUCUUUUAUGCAAAAGCCUUUGAAGGAGAAGGAACCUCAAGCCUUGCAGAAAAGACAGGUGGCCUCCCUGAAGGCUGCUCAGCCGGGGAUGCACAGAGUAAGGCAAAGAAAUAGCGUGGUACUCACUGCUGGCUUGUCAUGGCAGUCACGGUAGCCUCGGCUGGUAGCUGUCUGCAAGGGGCAUUCACAACCACCACCUGCCUUAUUUCUUUUGAUCAGAAAUCCAUUUCCAAACAGAAGAAACUUGAUUUUGUGUGUUUCCUUUGGGGUCCUUUGGUGGGGGUCAUGCUGGGACCACCUUCACGCCAAGGCUUUUGUAGGUUAUAGAUGGAGGAGAAGGAGCAGGAGCCACCAGCUAGGAGCAGUUUAAAGGAUGCAGUGGAAUCACAGUGAUUAGUAGAGUAUAAUUAUUCCCUGUAGGAGAACAGCCACUUGUUGAAGCUUGGAAACUGCCUCCCGGUGUCAUCCAGAGCCAGGGCCAAGCCAAGUUCGAGGAGGAAAAAGUAGCCGAGCCAGGUGGUUUCAGGAGCCUUGACAGGCCCUGCUAGCAGGUUUAGGGCUUGGGGUCUUCCCAAGAUGCAGAGAUGUGUCAGGAUAAGGCCUUUGUCCUAAUUGGUAGGAGCAGGGUGGGCUGUGAGUCCAGAGAGCUGUCUGACUAAUAGCUCAAUAUUCACCCCGGGACAUAGGAUGUCCCUCUGAGGUACCUCCUGACCUUAGUUUUUUCUUUGAGAACGUUUACAGCAUUUCCCGGGAGUUAGGAGAGGACACUGACUGGUAGGUUCAAUGAAGUCCUUCCUCCCUGGAGGAAGCUUUGGGAUCAGUCCUCCUCUUUGGGAAUCUCCAUCCCCAUCUCUUCCAUAAUUCCUUCCUUCAUUUCUUCUCCUGCUCACCUGCGCACCCCCCCUCCCCCCAAUCCAUCUAAGGGUUUGAUUUAACUGUGAAGUGCUCAGAGAAGCCACCAGAGAACAGAGAACUUCAGGACAUUCUCCCUAAGAAAGUGGGGCCAAGAGGAGGGAGACUGAGCAGCCCCGAGCAGAGCACUGAGCCAGGAGUGGGCCGCUGGCUCCUUUCUUAGACUGUGCCUCGAGUUCCUUCUGCAGCAGCUCCAGGAGGGGUCUAGGAAAGGGCUGGAGGAGGAAUAUCGGUGACUCUUUCCGUGCCAUAUCAUGCUGCUUACCUGGACGUGCACGGCAGCCAAAGCUAGUCCCUCCCUUACCGUAAUCUUUGGAGGGACAGUACCCUCUUUUCUGGGUGUCUGGGAUAAGGACUUCUUGCCCCCCACUCCGGUCACAAGACCUCUUUUGAUUCCUCUAACGCCAUUGCUCCCUCCCAGUGUCUCUAGACUAGGAGACAAUCACCCUUCCCCCAUCGUUCUCCCUUCUUUGGGCAGGCUGGCCCCGCUCCCCUUCCUUUCUUGUUUCCUUCCAGAAGAUGUGUUUUUGGUUCUGAGAGGAACACUUUUCUGGAAGGCUCCCUUUUUUAACCACCCUGCUUUCCUAGUGGGAAAGCAGGAAUUUUGCACAUGGCGUAGAGAGCUCUCCUCCCCGCUCCUCUCUGCCCAGCCUCGUUACCUCACUCCUCCAGCCCUGCCGGUGGCGUCUGUGACGGGACCAGGCCGGAGCUACUCCUUGCCCCCAAACCCCCUCCCCAGCCCGUGUUCCAUGUGACAAGCACAGCUCAGGGGUCUUGGGCAUUGUUUUCCGUUGCAACUUGUGGUCCCCUCCAGGCCUGGGAACCUGGACCAGAGUCGCGGCUGCUAGUAAGAAGCACCCCUCCCGACGAGGGGAGCUGAUGCGGGACGAUCUCCCCCACGCGUGAAAACUUCAAGAACAUUUUCUCACCUUCCUUUCCCCUUGCCUUGGGCCCCUUGCUCUUCUCAAUACAAUGUGGCACUUUGCAGAAUCAAUAUGGCGGCCUCUGAGCAAGGUGGGAAGACUGGGUAGCGGCUGGGGGUCCCAUCCUGGACUUAGUUGCCAGUUGCCUUGAGCACAUAGGGAAAGCGGCAUUUUGCCAAGCGAUCCUGCGUGGAUCCCAGCUCUUCCUCGCCCCGUAUUCUAUGGGCCGGCCCAGAAUCUGCAUGGACCAUCUUCCCCAACCCAAGGUGCUUUUGUUUUCCACUCACCCUGGGCCUCGAGCUGAAGACGGGGCAGGAGGAGAGCCCACAGCUGCCCCUGGGUAACCCCUGGAGGUGUGUGGGGUGGGGUGGGGGCCUGGGAAGGGAAGGGCGCCCGUUCGAAUGCAGUCGGGUUGUCCGGCUGCCUUUUGUUGGGUACUAUAACUGUACUUUUGCCUGGCGCUGCGCGCAAGGAAUAAAACCGGAAACUUAAUGCUAGAACCUAGAAACAUACAAGGCUACUCAGCCAAAUCUUAAUGUAAAGUAGCUAGAGCCAUGGAAGUAUGGUAUGAAUUAAAGGGAAAAAAGUAUUGAACAAA